AAAAAACAAAAUUAACAACCACAAAAAUAAAACAAAAACUUACACUCUGUAUUGCCCUUUUUUAUCCCCAACAAAAGCAUCCCACAUUUGUUCUUCUGCAAUAUCACUUCUAUUUCUCCCUCCUUUCACAAGGAAGGGCGUAGAAGAAUCCACCAUAAUAGUUCUAUAACCAGAUAAUAAAAACAUUUAAAUUUCAUCAGCAAAACAAAACAAAGAAAACCAAAUGGGUAUCAAGAUCUUGUUGAUCCUUGGCCUCUUGACCCUGGCUGUAGUCGCCGAGUCAGCCAAUGCCACAUGGACCCUUACCAAAUCUUGUGUCAAUGGCCAAGGUUGCAUUGGAGAGGAUGGUGAGCUUGACUACUUGAUGGAUUCUGAGACCAACCGGCGCCAACUAGCCGCGAGGCGCAGCUACAUCAGUUACGGUGCUCUCAGGAAGAACAAUGUGCCGUGCAGCCGACGUGGCCGGUCUUACUACGAUUGCAAGAAGAGGAAAAGGGCUAACCCUUACAGACGUGGCUGCAGCGUCAUCACGCAUUGCUACAGGCAAACUUCUUAAUUUCGGGAAGCAUUUAUACAAACAAUAUGAUUGAAGAAGCGAGAGGGCAAAUAAUGCAAAAAUAAAAACAAAAAUUGAAUACAAACAAUAUAUUUAUACCAACGUAUGGUUCUUGAUAUUGCCCUCUUUUGUUCCUCUUAACUAUCUUUAAUCAUCUUUUUCAUUUUAUAUAUAAUCAUGAUGCAUAUACGCUCAUUUCAUCUGUUGUUCUUCUUUUAUAUUUGUGCAGAAAUUGUUGUAUUUCGUUUGUGUCUAUAAUUAAGUGUUGUUUAAUUUCCAUUACCUUGUGCUAUGUGUUAAAUAUUAAGCUUUGUAUACAGAACCUUAAAAAGAAAUUGGAAUUGUUGACGACGUUUGCAUUGUCUCUUAACAUAUGUUAGAAUUGUAUCAAUUUAUACGACUCCUUGUUUUAUAAUGUCAUCAAGUGAUUGCAAC